AUGCGUGCACUGGCAAACCUGAACUCCCAACGGCAGAAUGUGCAAUAUCAAAUCAUCCAAUUACAGCAUCACCUGGAGCUGGUGCGGUAUAAGAAACAACACCUCACGGAUUCCACCGUGAAGCAGAAAUCGUCACUUUCCAUUGAAUUCAAUGAGAUAAAAACUCUAAUUGAGGAAGAGGAGAAGAUUGCUGCUAAACUGAUUGAGGAAGAGGAGAGCAAAGCAGCGAGCCAGGUUGCUGAUGCACUUGAUCAGGUCAACACCCAGCUUGAUAAACUGAAAGAGUACAAAGAGCAGCUUGACUCACUGCUAUCCCACACUGGUAGCAUGCACUUCUGGAAGAGCAUUGCUAAACUUCCUGCAAUUUCAUUGAAAGCAUGUACACCCCCCAAACUAGCUGAAGUGGAUAUCAGGAAAGUGGAGCUUGUUACAAAAAUGGCUUCUGCAUUGAAGCAGGUUCUGAUUCGCGAGUUGAAGUGUCCACUGCAGCAGAGAAUGCGUCAAGUGGAACGGGCAGAGAAAAACAAACUUAAGCCGUCAGCCAGUCCAGACCAGGGAAUGGAAACGAAGAAAACCAAGGCUAAAGCAUCAAACAAUCCAGACGAAGGGUCAGCUGCAGACCAACAAGACAAAGAAAGUUCCCCUUGGCAUCCAUGGGAGUCACUUCUUGCAGAUGAGACCAAACCAUGUCAAACAUCUGACCCUACUGAGGGCAAGCAAGCUAGAAAGAAGAAAACCAAGGCUAAAGCAUCAAACAAUCCAGACGAAGGGUCAGCUGCAGACCAACAAGACAAAGAAAGUUCCCCUUGGCAUCCAUGGGAGUCAUUUCUUGCAAAUGAGACCAAACCAUGUCAAACAUCUGACCCUACUGAAGGCAAGCAAGCUAGAAAGAAGAAAACCAAGGCUAAAGCAUCAAACAAUCCAGACGAAGGGUCAGCUGCAGACCAACAAGACAAAGAAAGAAGACCGUUUGUUGUCACUCUCCCAGUGACUCGAUAUGAGUUGCUGCAGUGUAAAUCAAAGGUCACCUUUGAUCACCGGACUGCCCACAAGAAGCUCCUCAUAUGUGAUAACUACACCCGCCUGUCUGUGGCAGAGCAGUUACAGUCCUACCCUGACCAGGCUGCAAGGUUCAUCAACUGUGCCCAGGUGCUAGGACUACAGAAUUUCUUAAAUGGUUGCCAUUACUGGGAGGUGGACAAUGAGGACAGCAGUCUCUGGGCGAUUGGGCUUGCUUGUGUUGGCAUGGAUAGGAAAGGUGCCAGGAGUCGCCUAGGAAGAAACCCACUGAGCUGGUGCUUGGAGAGAUUUGGCCAGAAGCUGUCAGUUUGGCACAAAGACCAGGAAGCUGUCCUGCAUGUUUCUCCACCCAGAGUAGUCGGAGUUUACCUCAACUGUAAUCAAGGAAUUGUGGCCUUUUAUUCAGUCGCUGAUUCCGUGACAAGGCUGUUUUAUUUCAAAGUGGAUCUUCAAAGCCGGGUUUUCCCUGCUUUCUGGCUGGGCAGCAGUGGCAGUACCCUCUCUGUUGUUCAGUUCUAAAUGUUCUUGCUUUGUCUGACCCUGGUUCACUCCUAUGGCCCAUUCUCUCCAUUUAGUUUUCCACUCUUAUAUAAUUUUCUCAAACUAUAUUUUAAAUAUAAUCCGGCAUUAAUGGCCUGAUCGCAUCUUGGGGGGAAACAACAAAACGUAAAGUUUUGAGCUGAAUGUGGAGAGUCCUGUUCAGUUUGAAACAUACCUCCGGUUCACUGUCCCUCGCAGAUGCUGCCUGCCUGCUGUGCUUUUCCAGCACUUUGUUUUUAUUUGAUUUCCAGCAUCCCACUGUAUUUUAUUUUUACUUCAUCUGUAAUGCUUUUGGGAAUUGGGUAGAGUUGGAGUGGAGUAGCACUGAGCUUCACUUUGUGACCUUGAUAUAGUGACAGACAGACCUAUCCCAGUCUGAGUACCUGGUGCCCCUACCUGGUACUCUCAGCCAUGUCUGAGGCCAAAUCUCAUUCUCUCUCAAUUGUUCGAUAAGUCUGCCAGGGUUUAGAAUGAGGGGUGAUCUUAUUGCAGCUUAUAGAUCCUGAAGGGAAUUGGCAGGAACAGUACUGACAAUGUGUUUGCUCUUGUGGGAGAAAUUAGAAUAGAAAGAAUUUAAAAACGAGGGGUUAGAACGUGAGAAAUCUUCUUUGCAGUCAUGUUUUUGGAGUUCCCUCCUCAGAACAGGCUGGGUCAUUGAAAUUAUUUAUGGCAGUGUUGGGUGGUGUCUAGGCUUAUGAGGGACAGACAGGAAAGUGGAGUUGAGACCGCAGUCAGAAUGCUGGAGCCCACUGGAGGGGCUGAAUGGCCUACUCCUGUUCCGAUGAGGCCACAGGUGGAGUUGGUUGCUGGUUAUUCACCAAUCAUGACCCAUCAGACACUGAAGCAGCCCAUGUCCAUUUGCAGCAACACCUGCACAAUAUCCAAAAAGCCUUUCCAAAUCUAUCAAUGUUCAGCAUUGGGUGUCCUGAGUGGUGGAAAAUCUUGGUGAGGGGCAGGUGCCUGGAGACUGUCCUCGGGGCACACCGUUGUGGAGCUCUGGGUUGGAGACCAGGGGCAUUGCCAUGUCUCUCACCCAUCAAAUCAAACAGCCAGACGAGAGAAGGAAUUGGCAGAGAGGAUCUGUGGUGUUGGAGUUACUGCCUUUCAUUGAUAUUGUCAGUGUAAGGGAACAAUUCGUAUUUUUCCAUUACACUUUGCAGAGUUUUAAAGAUGCCUUUUUGAUUGUGGAGUACUGUGUGCAGUUUCGGUCGGCUUAUCUCAGGAAAGUUAUUGCCAUGGAGGGAGAGCGACAAGGAUUCACCAGCCUUGUUCCUGGGAUGGUAGCACUGUCCUCUGAAGAGAGUGUGGCUGACUAGACCUGUUUUCUGCAGAGUUUUGAAGAAUCAGAGGUGAUCUCGUUGAAACCUACAGAAUAAUUAAAGGAAUAGAGAGGUAGAAGCAAGUAAGAUAAUUCCCUAGUUGGAAAGUCUCAAACUAGGGGCAUAAUUUAAAAAUCAGGGGAAUAUCACUUGGGGCCCAAGAUGAAAAAAUAUUCUUUUUCUGAGGGUGGUGACCUUUGGAAUUCUCUAGCAGAUGAGGCUGUGGAGGUUGUGUCUUUGAGUAUGUUUAAGGUAGAGAGUGGUAAAUUUCUGAUUCCCAGUGAUGUACAGGGUUAUAGGAAUGGGCUGGGUAAAAGGCAUUGAAGUGUUCAAACAACCAUGAUCAUAUUGAAUGGUGGGGCUGGCUGAAUGGGCUGAAUGGCCUACUCCUUUUCUAAUGGUCACCAGUCAGUCACAAGUCCACAGCUUAAUCCAUACUCAGUCUGUGAUUGGUAAAUUAUCCAGGCUGCAAUAAACUGCACAGUGCUCAGGAAUUCAUCACCUUGACUAUUCUCCCCAAUCUACUGCAAUCACUGCCCAUUAAUGCAAGCAUGGUUACUUAGUGCUAGUUAUGGCAAUGCCUAGUUACCUCUGGCUUGGUUGCAGUCUGCUGGUUAUGGCUGUGCCUAGCGAUGCAUAGAUUGGUUCCCGGUGCUAAUUAUAUUUGCACUAGAUUCUAGAUAAACUGGUUGUUCCUGGCUGUGUCAUUUUUUCGAGCUAAUUACACCAUGAUUAGAUAUCAGUGCCUAGUCCUGGUUAUGUUGGUGUUGUGCACUAGUUAUGGUUGUCACAUGAUAUUGGCAUUGUAAAUGAUUCUUAAUUUGCAAAUGACAGCAGACUAGGGCAGGGAAAAGAGGAUCAGGAGAAUCUGGAACCAAUUACAGGGGGGACAUUAAUAAACUUGCUAAAAAAGAGUGCUCCCUCUUCCAUGAAUACAUUUGUGCCUGGUCUCAUUGGAGAGGGAGCGUGCGGUGUGCGUCAAUGCUCUCAGUGCCUUUAAAGAGAAGUGGGCACCAUGUGGGAUACAGUGCUUCAUCCUCUCUUCUCUUCUUCCCCACCCCAGCCCUAUUUUGAGUUAAUCCACUGCCCUGCCCCACCCCACCACACGUGAGCACACAUUCGCCUUUGGUUCUCAUUGCCCAUGAUGGACUUUGCAUGUAAAUAUUUAAUUGGUUACAUGGAUAAUUACUGGUCAGUAGGUUUAAAAAGUUACUGAUUUUGGUGGUGGGAAGGUCGCUUUGUUAUGUGGUUGGACUUCUGGAUAGAAUGGAAAAAAAUAAAUUUAAGUUCAACACUGAAACGAGAGAGAAUGCAUUCUGAUAAAGUUGGUUGCAUAUUAAUUUUAUGAAUAAGAAUAUGAAAGGGUUGUAGCCAGAAAUUAUGCGAUUUUAAAAAAUGACACCAGGUUAGUAAGGUCAUAAAACUGCCAAUCAGGCACUGGCUGUAUUUCUAAAGGGUAACAGUUGGAAAGUCUUUUGAUUCCAUUAACCUUGACUCAGACCUUGGUCAGACCACACCUACAGUAUCAUGAGUAGUAGAUACCUUUAGUAUCUAGUUUCUUUAAAAUGAUAGGUUUUGAUGGAAUGGGUAGAGUGUCUUCCUGUUUGGAGGGAGGAGAGCAGAACUAGAAGCUGUUAAUGAGAGUCACAUAGAAAUCCAACUGGGAAUUUAGAAGAACCCUAUUCCCCAUAGAGUGGAGAGAGGUGGAACUGGCUGCCACAGUGAGUGAAAUAAUGUAUAAAAGGGGAAACUGGAAGGAGCAGCGAAUAGAGCAUUCCAGUGCUAGGUUUAGAUGUGAAAAGAUGGGAGACUUAAAUGAAGCAUAAACAUGUACAUGGACUGGAAUAGACAGUUUCUAUGUCAUGUAUCCUAUUGAAUUAUUCCAGUGCCGAUUAUAAUGGUGCCCACUGCCACUAUGGGGCAUUCCUUAUGGUUGAGGGGAUCAUUUAUGUAUGUUUCAAUGCUCCGAGUUCCAAUUCUCACCUUGGUGACCCAGCUCACGAGCAGUGUCACGCCAUCACAGUGACAAUCGCUUUAAAAUGCAGACACUUGUUUCAGAACUUAAAUCUUUUUAAAUUGACUACUUUUUUGGGGGGUUUUCAGUUUUCAUUCAAACUCUUUUCAGAAUAAGAUUGGCACUUGUGCAAUUCUUUCUGCAUCUGGGAAACCAGCAAAAGGGGAAUUAUUGAAAUAUUCUGGAUUCAUUUAAACUGCAGUUUAUUCAACUUCUCAUCCUUAUUACUAAGUAUUUCUGUAACAUUUUCCAGUUAUCUCCGGAUAUCUUCAAGCACUUCAGAGACCCUUCUGCAGAUGUCAUGAAGUCUUGUAUUUCUGUGAAAUUCGAGGGGUAAAUUUUAAUCUUGCUUCCAAUGAGGACUUAUUUUCUCCUUGUCAGUGUGAAGUAAUCAGAAAUCAUGGCUGUAAACGUGUAGCACAGGGAAAGCUGUAGUCACCCAUUCCUGCCUUAGAGAACUGAGCUGAUCUCAAGCCCCUCACUGCUAAUGAAUGAGGAGGAUAUUUGCAACUGACUUACGGAAUGAAUGAUUAAAAUUGUUAGUUGGGCUGUGAAUGGGGCAAGGGUAACUUACUGAUUCUGAUGAAUAAUAAUUGGUCCCUAUUGGAGAAGCAGGUUUUCAUUGAUGGACUAGUUAUAUUUUUCAUACUGUAUAAACCUUGAAAUAAACAUUCCAAUCUAGA